UGUUGCUUAGUGCCACGUUGAUGGAGACCAGUGGGGACGUGGAAAUCUGUCUGAGUCCGCAGCCGGGACCGGUAGCUUCUAGUGUUUUUACAGCCUGUAAUCCUUAAGCAGAACCGAAAGGGGAACUUGUACGGGUGGAGGGUGUAUAUUGUUUGCAACCCAUUUUAUGUGUGCGUUAAAGUAAAAAGGAGAAAAGAAGGGAAGGAUGAAACUCAAAGAGGUCAACCGUACAGCCAUCCAGAGCUGGAGUCCUGCAGAGCACCACCCCAUCUACCUGGCAACAGGAACAUCAGCACAGCAGCUUGAUGCCUCCUUCAGCACCAAUGCAUCCUUGGAGUUCUUCAAGCUGGACUUGGCAGAUCCAUCUCUGGACAUGAAAUCAUGCGGCAGCUUCUCAUCUCCUCACAGAUACCACAAACUAGUGUGGGGUCCAUUUGGCAUUGAUGCUCAGGGUCACCCAUCUGGGGUCCUUAUCGCUGGAGGGGAAAAUGGCAACGUCAUCCUUUAUGACCCUGCAAAGAUCAUUGCUGGAGAAAGCGAUGUAGUCAUUGCUGAGAGUGACAAACACACAGGGCCAGUGAGAGCCCUCGACGUUAACCCAUUCCAGACAAACCUGGUUGCAUCAGGUGGGAAUGAGUCUGAAAUAUAUAUCUGGGAUAUGAAUAACUUUGGAUCUCCAAUGACACCAGGACCUAAAACACAGCCUCUGGAAGAUAUCAGCUGUGUGGCGUGGAACAGACAGGUUCAACACAUCCUUGCCUCUGCCAGCCCAAGUGGGCGGGCUUCAGUAUGGGACCUCCGCAAAAAUGACCUCAUCAUUAAAGUUAGCGACCAUAGCAACAGAAUGCAUUGCUCUGGGUUGGCUUGGAACCCAGAAGUGGCCACUCAGCUGGUCUUGGCCUCUGAGGACGACCGGAUGCCAGUCAUCCAGAUGUGGGACUUACGUUUUGCUACCUCACCUCUCAAAAUAUUUGAGAAUCACACACGCGGUGUCCUGGCCAUUGCCUGGAGCUUGGCUGACCCUGAGCUGCUUCUGAGCUGUGGGAAAGACAGUAAGAUUCUGUGCUGGAAUCCAAACACAGCAGAGGUUCUGUAUGAGUUGCCCACCAGCAGUCAGUGGUGCUUUGACAUCCAGUGGUGUCCCAGGAACCCUGCAGUGCUUUCAGCUGCAGGAUUUGAUGGACACAUCGAUAUCUACUCCAUCAUGGGAGGCACCAAUCAGGCACAAAGCCAGAGGCAUGCAGACCAGAUUAGUAACUCAUUUGGGAAUAUGGAUCCAUUUGGUACGGGUCAAACUCUGCCUCCGCUGCAGCUUCCCCAGGCGUCUGCCACUCCAGCUACAAUCAACCCCCUGAAGAAACCACCCAAGUGGAUUCGCAGACCUGUGGGAGCUACUUUUGCUUUCGGUGGGAAGCUGGUAUCUUUGGAGAAUUCAAAGCCGAACCCCCAGCAGCCUCAGCAGCCCACAUCGCACAUUGUACAUAUCAGCCAAGUUGUUACAGAAACAGCAUUUCUGAAGCGCUCCGAUCAGCUGCAGGCCACUCUGAGUGCAGGCAGCUUUGUGGAUUUCUGCCAGGAAAAGAUCGAUGCAGCUGAAAAUGAGUUUGAGAAGAUUGUUUGGUCCUUUCUCAAGGCUAAUUUCGAUAGUGAUAUCCGCAGUAGGUUCUUGGAGCUUCUGGGGUACAACAAAGAGGAGCUAGCCUUAAAAAUUUCAGCAGCGUUGGAGGAAAAGCCUGCUGAUCCUCCAAAGGUGGAAGUGCCUGCUCCAGUCGCCCUGCAGCCUUUAGCAGAGCUCAGCCUUGCCCCUCCUGUUGACACUCCUGAGGCAGCAUUCGACAUGAUUGCUGCAGCAAACCUGCAACCAGCAGCCACACUGGAACUGGACUCAGGUCCUAAUCCACAGACAGAAGAAACAACAGAACUUGAUGUAGAGGAAAAGAACACAGUGGAUGCUGCUACAGAUGAAGCAGAAGAAGGUGGAGACCAGGUUCUUAAUGAGGAGCCUGUGGAGGAGGAGCAGGAGAAGGAGAUAGAGGAGGGGGAAGAAAAAAAGGAGGAGGAGGAGAAGGAAGAGGAGGAAAAGAAGGAUGAGGAGGAAGAGAAGAAAGAGGAGGAGGAGGAGGAGGAGGAGGAGGAGGAGGAGAUCCCUUUGGAGGAGGAGAUAACAGCACCAGUGGAGGACGAGCCCAGUCCUGCUGAGAUUUCAGCUCCAACUGAGGAGGUUCCUGAAGCUUCAGCUCCUUCAGACGGAGUCAGUCUCAGCAUCAGUCAAGACGUGGAUGGGCUGAUCACACAGGCUCUGCUGACUGGAGACUUUGAAGGAGCUGUGGAGCUCUGUCUCCAUGACAACCGUAUGGCAGACAGCAUCAUCCUGGCCAUUGCUGGAGGAGCUGAACUCCUAGAAAAAACCCAGAAAAAAUACUUUACAAAAACGCACAGUAAGAUAACCAAGCUGAUCAGUGCAGUGGUGAUGAAGGACUGGCAUGACAUCCUGAAGACAUGUGAGCUGCAGAACUGGAGGGAGGCUCUGGCUGCAGUCAUGACCUACGCUCAGCCCGAGGAGUUUUCAUCCCUCUGUGACCUUCUCGGAGACAGACUGGAGGCAUCGGCAGAUACCCAGCUGCAAGCUCAGGCCUGUCUGUGUUACAUCUGUGCUGGCAACGUGGAGAAACUGGUGUCUUGCUGGACCAGGGCACAAAGUGGACACAGUCCACUCUCUCUACAGGACCUGGUGGAGAAGGUGAUGGUGAUGCAACGUGCCGUAGAGCAGACCCAGCGCUCUGGUCCUGCUGCUAUUGGUGUCCUGUUGGCUGAGAAGAUGAGCCAGUAUGCCAACCUUCUGGCCUCACAGGGCAGUCUGUCCACUGCUAUCACCUACCUACCUGACAACACCAACCAGAUCACUGUACAGCAGCUCCGUGACCGCCUCAGUCAGGCUCUGGGGCAGAAAACGGUGGCUCCAGCAGCUCCGGUCCAAACCCAGAGGGCUCAGACUAAGCAGCCUGCCUCUCAGAUUCAACAUGGCUCAGCCUUGUCCCGUCAUCCCUACACCCCGGUCCAGCCCACUCCAGCUCCAGCUCCAGCUCCAGCACCUCUGCCUACGCCCAGCUCAGCCCCUGCACAGCCUCAGUAUUACCAACCAGUGAGGGCUGCCUCCACUGUCACCUCCUGGAGUAACCAAACUCCCACAGCCCUCCCCAAUGUCCCUCCUCCUCUUCCAGUAGGCACCGCCUCAGACCAACAGGUGGAGCCUCCAAACCCCAUGUACGGGAUGCCACCAUCCGGCACAGCCACUGCUCCUCCGCCCUCCUCCACUCCUGCAUACAUGUACUCCCAUCAGUUCCAGCCCUAUGCCCAGGUCAACCAGUACCCACCUGGAGCUGGGGGGGCACCUAUCUAUCAGCCUCUUCAGUACUCCUCUGCUGCUGCUCCCCCCCCUCCUCCUCCUGCAGAGCCUUCUUCCCCCCCACACCCCCCUGGCUUCCUCUCUCAGUACACUCAGCCCAUCCUCUCUCAGCCUGCCCCCCCAGUCUAUCCUGGUCAACCUCCCAUCAGCCACUGCCUCUCCUCCUCUCCUCCCUCCCAUCCAACUUUCUUUCCGACUUCUUCCUCGUCCUUUCCUAUUCCUCCGUCCUCGGCAGCGUCUUUCCAGCAUGGCGGGCCAGGAUCUCCUGGGUCAUACAUGCCUCUCCCUCCACCGAGUGGAGUCUCAGGUACACAGCUCGACUCUGACCCUGAGCUGAUCCCCGCCUCUCAGAAAACAGGACCUCAGAACGGCUGGAAUGACCCUCCAGCUCUGAGCAGAGCACCAAAGAAGAAGCAGGUUCCAGAACACUACACACCUCCCGCCCCCAUCACCUCUCCCAUCAUGGCUCCACUGGGUGCUGACCCUCAGGCUCUGCCCAUAUCCUCUGGGACCCCCCAGGCCAUGAACCAGGCCCCACAUGGUGUCCAGGCCCCUUAUUCAGGCAUGCACCAGCAGCAGCUGUCCCCUCCAGCCAUGAACCCUGCUAUGCCCAAGACCAGCGUGGAAGGUGCACCAGGGGCACCCACUGGUGAUGUCAUACAGCCUCUGCAGUCCAUUCCUGCUGAGAAGAUUAUGAAGAAGCCCAUCCCUGAUGAGCACCUGGUCCUGAAGACCACAUUCGAGGGGCUCAUCCAGAAAUGCUUGGCUGUAGCUACAGACCCUCAAACUAAGAGGAAACUUGAUGAUGCCAACAAGCGUCUGGAGGCACUCUAUGACAAACUCAGAGAGCAGACUCUCUCUCCUGCCAUUGUUGGAGGACUUCAUAACAUAGCCAGGACUAUAGAGUCCCGGUCCUACACAGAGGGCCUCAACAUCCACACCCACAUAGUCAGCAGCAGCAACUUCAGUGAGACCUCAGCUUUCAUGCCUGUACUGAAGGUGGUGCUGACACAAGCCAACAAACUCGGGGUCUGAGCAGGCAGAAACUCUGAACCACUCCUGAGUGUUUGAGCGGUGGGCAGAGACAAACGGGUCAGGGGUCGAGCUGAGUGUCAGCUGUAAAAAUCAUUGGUCGCUUCUUUCACAGAGAGCUCCGUUUGACUCACAACGUAGACGUACUUGAUGAAGAAUUCUCAGAUGUACGGAAAUACUGUUAAGUUCUUCUUUGUGCCAUUUAUGUUUUCUUACACAAGCCAUGUUAUCAGUUGCACUCAGUGGUGAAAGUAAAGCCCUGACCAUGAACAAACACAGACGGACCGCAAAGAAAGGGCUACAAACUGUGUCAUUAGUACCACUUAAAUCUGUCAGCAAGUUAGUCACUGAAGCAUUAUGUGUUAAUUCUUCUUUGAGUGAAAUUAACUAAGAUUUUAGUAAAUGACAUUUAAUCAUGAUGCAAACAUGAGUUUAGAAUCUGAGAGAAGGUUCCUAUCCAGUGUACUGGAUAUUUUAUGAUUCAUUAAAAAGCCUUACUUAAAAACUAUGUGGAUAUAAGACUAUAUAAUAAUACAUGAUCAGGAAUUAAAACACAAUAGGAAGAAGAGGAAAUUCAGGAAUUUUGAGCUCUGCAUGCUGCAAGCAGUGAGGGCAUUAAUCUUUUUUGUUAAGAUGAACAAAAUAAAUGUUUUUAAUUUAAAUAAUUAAUAAGAGACUGCCAAUAAGACAUUAGAGCAUGUGAUCAAGAUAACAGUCAUUUGCAAAGCUUAUCAUUUAGUCAGUUUCAUCCACUAAACACUAAUACAUUAGAUACAACAAAAGGUACUUUGUAAUUCAUAAAUCCAGUGCAUUUUAUCAUAUCUUUUAGGCCACAUCAUGCUUAAAUUUGACAUAGAAAUACAUCAUAGUUUGCACGCAUUUUGUAUUGAACCAUAGAUGAAGCCAUAGACAAAGAGUUUAAAGGUGUCGUGUUUAGUACCAGUUGAAACCCCCUAAAUAAAUGUUUUAGUACUCCAAUCUCAUGUUUCUGCCUUUGCUGACUUGCUUUCACCACUGGUGUCACUACAAAAUGCAUAAAACACAUAGGACCAAGGUAUUCUCAUUGUGUAGGAUAUGUCAGUCCAAAGCAACAAGAUCACAUCUGUUGAUGAUAUUUUAAUGUUUUGUUUUAUUUUAGUUUUUUUAAAUACAUUUUUCAAUGUAAUCAUGAUACUCCGCAUCGUGCAAUACACUUUUACAAGACUGCGCUUUAAAAAUGCAUGCUUAAACAAAUGCUACCAGUCAUCUUUACAGUCAUUUGGGGUGAUUAUCUGCUAUUUAAUCAGACCUCAGAGGGAGAAUGGAAGAACGAACGACAAACCAGACUUUGAUUCCAACUACGAUGAGGGCUGUAGUCUGAGUGGUCAACCUGUCUCUGGAUUUAUGUUGUUAAUAAAAGAAAACCAGUCUUUGUUUUAGAUUGACUACAUGCAAUAUUUUCAAUAAAUAGUAUUUAUUUACAAAA